UAAAAAAAUUGUGUUGUUGUUGUUGUGUUUGGACUGAAUAGAAAUGUUUUUUCUCCAAAAUAUAUCAAAAAUAAAAUACAGUGUUUGAUACAGUUUAGAUGUUUAUUCUUCUUUUAUUUAUUUUUGAUACCAAGAUGACUUAAUAUUCAUAAACUAAAGUUACUUGUGUACUUUAAAUAUUUCGUCGCCAUUUUCGCACCUAUUGUCGGAAAACUUUUGGUUUUUAACGUUUUGUAUUAUUAGUUAAAUUACGUAAUUAAUGUCAUCAUAUUCGUUGUGAUUGAAAUUAAAGUGGAAAAACCUUACUCCAACUAGUGUUUAUCGUUUCAUUCGUUAGACGGUGGCUCCUGUUAAAGGAUUCAAUGGGGAACGCUUUAGACCCGUAGGCAUGACUGAGAAGGUUUUAUACCCAGGCGCUGGCGUCAAGAUGGAGCAGUUCCAGGCGGCGCUGGAUCCUCGCAAGCAGGAGUUACUGGAGGCUCGCUUCUUAGGCGCCAAGGUGAGCGCGGGGGAGAUACUAAUAGAAACUCAACGGGCGCACCAAUUCAGGACGAUGUCAGCUGGGUCACAAAUUCAGAUGGCACCACAAACUACUGUCAACACGGGGCAGCCACUACAUAACCAGGACUCCAAUAUGAGCACAGGGUCUUCACAUAGUGACAAAGAAAUUGAUGCUUUAACCCCCGAGAAGUCUGCCGCUAUGCGAGGCUCUACUGUAGGUCCUGGAAAUGCCCUUGUACCACCCAGUGGUGCUACACCCACCAUUGCUGUGCCUGAAAGAAAAAGGAAAAGAAAAGGUGAAGAAGGGGUGGGUGGCGGUGGAGGAGGAGGUGGAAAACAGAGACAUAAUACAUCUGAUAAAAAUAUACGGGAAUAUUUUUCCAAGCAUCCUUCAUCAAGCCCUGUUAGGCAUACGGGAGCAAAGUCUCCAUCACCUCAGGGAGCUAAUUAUCCUAUGUACCCACCGUCACCGUCACAAAUACUGUCUUCGGGAGCUGAAUUCUUUCGGCAACGCCCACACUCUUCUGUUAGACAGAUUCAAACAGAACUGACAUGUCAGAGGAUACAAGAGUUAGAAACUCAGGCGUCUUCUGAUUUAGAGCUAAGAAAUAGUAGAAUAGAAGAAUUAACAAGGAGUAAUGAAGAUUUGAAACAUCAGGUUCAAGCUCAGAGCAAGGUAAUAGAUCAACACAAAUCACACAUUAAUAAAUGUAUAGAAGUGGUAAAGAAAUUAUUAAAUGAGAAGAGUACUAUUGAAAAGAAGGAGGCUCGGCAGAGAUGUAUGCAGAAUAGAUUGAGGCUCGGACAAUUUGUUACCCAGCGUGUUGGGGCUACCUUCCAGGAGAAUUGGACUGAUGGAUAUGCAUUUCAAGAACUAACAAGGCGGCAAGAGGAGAUAACAGCAGAAAAGGAGGAAAUAGAUCGUCAGAAGAAGUUGUUACUGAAGAAGCGACGGAGCGAGCCGUCCAACAGCGAGGGCGGGGGGCGCGGCAAGCGCACCAGCAGCGUGUCCGCGCCCACCACGCCGCAGCCGCAGCCGCUGCACAACGGCACCGACGCACCCACCUUCCUCAAGCCUGACCCCCUGCCCAGCAUGACCUGGCAGGAGUACUACGAGGCUGAUGAGAUUCUUAAAUUAAGACAGAGUGCGCUUAAAAAAGAAGAUGCAGAUUUGCAGCUAGAGAUGGAGAAAUUGGAACGGGAAAGGAAUCUUCAUAUAAGAGAGUUGAAGCGAAUACACAAUGAGGAUCAGAGCAGAUUCUCUCAGCAUCCUGUCUUGUCUGAGAGGUUGUUGUGUGGUAGAUACCUGCUGCUGAUGCUGCUGGGCAAGGGCGGGUUCAGCGAGGUGCACAAGGCGUUCGACCUGCGCGAGCAGCGCUACACCGCCUGCAAGGUGCACCAGCUCAACAAGGACUGGAAGGAGGACAAGAAGGCCAACUAUAUCAAACAUGCACUACGGGAAUAUAACAUACAUAAAGCAUUAGACCAUCCGCGGAUUGUUAAAUUAUAUGAUGUGUUUGAAAUUGAUGGGAAUUCUUUUUGUACAGUUCUUGAGUAUUGUAACGGUCAUGAUCUCGAUUUCUAUCUCAAACAGCAUAAAACAAUCCCCGAGCGAGAAGCGCGCUCUAUCGUGAUGCAAGUGGUAUCCGCGUUGAAGUAUCUGAACGAGAUCAAGCCCCCCGUUAUCCACUACGACCUGAAGCCGGGCAACAUCCUGCUGACGGAGGGCAACGUCUGCGGAGAGAUCAAGAUCACAGACUUCGGCCUCUCCAAGGUCAUGGACGAGGAGAACUACAACCCGGACCAUGGCAUGGAUCUCACGAGUCAGGGCGCAGGCACUUAUUGGUACUUGCCGCCGGAGUGCUUCGUCGUAGGCAAGAACCCACCAAAGAUCAGUAGUAAGGUGGAUGUGUGGAGUGUCGGCGUCAUCUUCUACCAGUGCCUGUACGGCAAGAAGCCCUUCGGUCACAACCAGAGUCAGGCGACUAUUCUAGAAGAAAACACCAUUUUGAAGGCAACUGAGGUUCAGUUUGCCAACAAACCCACAGUCAGUAAUGAGGCUAAGAGUUUUAUCCGAGCGUGCCUUGCGUACCGCAAAGAGGAGCGCAUCGACGUGUUCGGUCUGGCGCGGCACGAGUACCUGCAGCCGCCGAUGCCGAAGCCGCGCGGCGCCGGCGCCCCCGCGGCGGCGGCGGCCGCGGCGCCCGCCUUCAACGCCGCCCUCUUCGGCGCCGGCUCCUCGUCCUAGCCGCGCCGCCGCCGCCCCCGCCACCCGGCGGCGCAGUGAUCGCGCCCCGCCCGCGCCGCGAGUGACGGCGGCGGCGCCCGCCCGUGCGCGGCCGCGGCCCUACCUGUACAUAGUGAACCCUACCGUGCAGUGACUGUGACAGUGCGUAGUGUCCUACUGGAGUGCGGCCAGUGCGGCCAGUGCGGCCAGCCUGCACCCGGAACUCGGCCAUUUUGAGCCUUAUCAACAUACUUUUUAGUUUUGAAACUUUGUCAGUUAUUAUCAAGAGUUGUAAAAUGACUAAAUAUCAUUUACAGAUUAAAUUGUUUAAGAAUUAUGCUUACUGUUGACUGUAUUUAUUGAGCAGGUGAUAAAAUGUGAUUGUCCAUUUGUGAAUGGUUUUGUCCUUUUAUCACUAGAGACCUUGGGAUUAUCCCUUGCAUAUUAUAUAAGUUAUCCCUAUUAAAAAAGUUAAAAGUA